AGUGCAGCCUCAACACAAGCUAGCUAUACAUCUUAUAGGCUUCAUUCACGCUCAACGGUCUCACUGUAUACACGUCACAGCGCGCUGACAGCUUUGCUCGGCUCAAUUCCACACGUAAAGGCCUCUACAGCUGAGUGCUCUCUGAAGGCUCUCUCCCACCGGACGCCGCAUUGCCUGCACAGCUGUCUACAGGUGGCUGCUCUCUGAAAGCUCUCCCGCAGGACGCACGCAUGCGAAUGCCGAGCCACACACCAAGUCAAUCGAUGCGCGCAUUGCUCCUCGUCGCUGCCGCAACCGCGCUCCAAAACGCCAAAGACUACCACGGCGCGUCGUACGACGCGGCCCUCGUCGAGCCGCGGCCGUCCAAGGCCUGCGGCGGCGGGCUCGGCGUCUUCGCGGUCAGAGAGGUGCCGCCGGGCGCGCGCCUCGCGGAGAUCCCCGUCGCGGCCUGCUUGACGGCGGACGCGGCCCGGGCCGUCCUCGGCGGUGAAGAAGCAGAGAGCUACGCGGCGCAGCGCGAGCUCACGCGGGCGCUGCUCGCGUAUUUGAGAUUUGGUGGUACGAAUGAGACGUGCGCCGCCCAGAAGGCCUAUGUCGACUCGCUGCCCUGGGACGGCGUCGAAGACGUCAAACUAAAGGACGCGUGGCGGCCGACGAUAAUGAGAAUCGCGGACCGGGCCGGCGUCGCUGACGACGACGCAGCUAGAGCCGUCCAGCUGAGCCGGAGCCGCGGCCUGGAUCUGGGCACGAGCGCCGAGGAUGCGGAACGGUUGCACGCGAUGGUGCCGUUCCUCGACUUGUUCAACCACCCGUCGCUGGGCGCCCUCGAGGCGUCGGGCGCCCGGGAGCGCGUCGGCAAGGCGUCCGUCUUCGACUCCUGCGUGAAGUGGUACCUCUCAGACGACCGGACGCGAGUGCUGGUGGACGCGCCGUCGGCGUUCGCGACGCCCGCGUCGCAAGAGCUGUGGCUCUGGUACGGCUACGACGCCAAGGACCACGGGGCCUUCGUCGAGGCGUACGGCUUCGAGCCCUUCGACUAACGAUGUUUCUGUCCUGCUUAGAGCACCCCUUCUG